AUGGGUGUUGGCAUGAACAGGAUCUGCCUCUUCCACUACCACGCUCAUUUUAAUCAAGGAGCGGCUUGCAAUAAACUGGAUAACAGAGAGGAUGACGAGGCUAGGGCGGACGAGCCUAAUGCUUUCUGCUCCCGCUGCUCCCCGGGGUACACGGCCCAGCAGCUGCAAGCAAAUGCCUCGACAGGAAUUUGUCGUAUCUACGGCUGCAGUGAUCGUUCAGUUUUUAAGCCGAUCUCUUUGCCUCUCGACACGGGCUCUCUGACUAAACAAGCUGAAGCAACUGUUGCUACAGACUGGAAAAAAAAAUUGACUCCAGAGCAAUUCUAUGUUACAAGAGAAAAAGGAACUGAACCGCCAUUUAGUGGGAUCUAUCUGAAUAACACAGAAUCGGGAAUAUACUACUGCGUGUGCUGCAAUACCCCACUGUUCAGCUCAGAAAAGAAGUACAAUUCUGGGACUGGAUGGCCAUCAUUUUCUGAGGCUUAUGGUACUUGCGGCAGAGAUGAAAGCAAUACCAAUAUCAUGAGACGACCAGAUAACUCAUUGGGAUCAACUAGAACUGAAGUCGUCUGCAAACAGUGUGACGCCCAUCUAGGCCAUGUGUUUGAUGAUGGUCCCACACCUUCUGGGCAGAGGUUUUGUAUAAACAGUGUUUCAUUAAACUUCAAACCAGGCUCUGGUCAGUGAGAAGUGGAUCUCUGUGGCUUACAGAACAUCCUUUCACUGCUCGUACAACCGGCUUGUGAAAAACUCUCAGGCUUUUAACAUAGAACUCAAAUUUUAGUACUUAUGCCAUUGCAGCUUUGCUUUCCAGCUAUUAUCAGUGUUGAUAAAAUACAUAUUUUUGUGGUAACUCUUUGGCAGUCUGCCUUUUCAUGGUUAGUGUGAUGUAAGUGUUGAUCUGUUUAUUGUAUUUUUUUAAUUUAAAAAAAAAAAUCUAUGCAAUAGUUCACAUUCAUAACCAUCAUCAUUAACUGUAUUGAGGCUGCUGAAAUGAAGUGUUCUCCUGAAACUGACUUUGCCUAUGCUGAACAGUAGUUGUUGCACCCAGGAAUACAGAUGUACAUGGCUGAUCAUGCCAGAACUUUUACUUCUGUGAAAUCAU